AUGUUUGCAGACAAAUUUGGUAUUAGCAGUCUAGCUUUCAUGCAACCAUGCAAAGUCUCUGGAGAUUCUGAGAAGCCAAUUUCAGACCACAUGAUCUUCGCCCCAAAUGACACCGAAUUUAAGCUUCUUAUCGAUAUACUGGAGGAGUCACAAGGAGGCCUGCUUCGUCAAUUUAGCAGCGCUGCCGAAGGAAUUGUUCGUCAUUUGAUUUAUGAGGACACGGAUCAUGCCGGGCCUUUCCUCUUGGAGACGAUCGAUUCCAAAGAGAUAUUCAAGCAUCCUAAGGGUUCGCCGCGUCUCCUUGAAAUAUUGAAUGAAAAGGGGAAUGAGUAUUGA